AUGGCUGCAUCAUUAGCCAAUGAGAAAUCGAAUUUUCCUAGAACCGCAACAUCGUUUCGCAACUUUGUUUCACGAAAUCUUGAUUCUCAGUUUCCAGCAGAAUCAGGACGAUACCAUCUUUACAUUUCCUAUGCUUGUCCAUGGGCUUGUAGAUGUCUGGCAAUCUUGAAACUCAAAGGACUGGACAAAGCAAUAAGCUUUUCGUCUGUUCAACCACUUUGGAGAAAAACCAAAGAAAACGAUGAGCAUAUGGGAUGGGUUUUUCCAGAUUCAAAUACAGAGGUUCUUGGAGCUGAGCCAGACCAUAUCAAUGGUGCGAAAAGCGUAAGAGAACUUUAUGAUAUCGCUAGCUCGAACUACACGGGCAAAUACACUGUUCCUGUUCUUUGGGAUAAGAAGCUUAUGACUAUAGUUAACAAUGAGAGCUCUGAGAUACUCCGAAUGUUUAAUACCGAGUUCAAUCAUAUUGCGGAAACCCCUUCUCUUGAUCUUUAUCCUCCAAAUCUCCGAUCCAUAAUCGAUGAGACUAACGAAUGGAUUCACGAUGGGAUAAAUAACGGUGUUUAUAAAUGCGGUUUCGCUACAAACCAAGAAGCCUAUGAUGUGGCAAUGAAGCAACUGUUUGAAGCAUUGGACAAAUGCGAAGAAAUACUUGGAAAACAACGGUUUCUCUGCGGAAAUAAUCUAACCGAACCAGAUAUCCGAUUAUUCGUCACUCUCAUAAGAUUUGACGAGGCUUACACAGUGAUCUUCAAAUGCGAUAAAAGACUCAUACGAGAGUAUUCAAACCUGUUUAACUACACAAACGAUAUCUACCAAAUCGCGGGAUUGAGCAGUACAGUGAAGAUGGAUCAUAUAAAGCAAAAUUAUUUCGGAAGCUUUCCUUCCAUUAACCCUCUUGGGAUUAUAGCUCAUGGACCAAACAUUGAUUACUCUUUGCCUCAUAAUCGACAUAGAUUCUCUUCAUAA